AUGAUGGAUCAGACUAGUUUGAGUUCGAAAGUGUCCAACUCUAACGUUGGCGAUGCUAAUGGUGAGCCGCAUAAUGGGGGUGAGCAGGGGACGCUGCUGGAUAGGGAGGAGAUAAAGAGGAUCAUGGACUCGGACGUGGCCAUCAAUGCUUUAUUGGCGAUUUUGAAACAGUCUCUGUUAACUUGUGAGGAAUUCACCAAGUAUGUCAAGAAGAAAUACAUGUUUGAACAAGAAAACGUGGAGGAGUUGUCGAAGCAAUACAAACAUUUUUUCACGUCUACUUCGAACACUAGUCCCAGUUUAAGACGGUGUAUGAGACAGAUUUUACAGUUCGAUGGGAAGCUAGCGAAUGUCAAACAAAGUUAUGUCACCGCACUGAUCAAGAUGUACGAGGAACUGAGUUCCCUUCUGUUGACAAUGACAAAGAUGAGAAAAUCUAUUAAGGAGAAGAGUAGGAGGUUGGAGAAGGAAGUGAGCGACGCUAUCCAUGUGUCAGAAAAAGCUCAAAUGCGUUACAAUUCAUUAUGUCAAGACUGGGACAAAUUAAGAAUGACAGACCCAACGAAAACAAAACUGACUUUACGAGGCUCGAAGACAACUAAAGAACAAGAAGAAGAUCUCACUCGAAAAAUCGACGCUGCUGAUAUUGAGUAUAAGCAAAGAGUCGAUCAUUCCACCUCUUUAAGAACUGUGUUUCUGAAUAAAGAAAGACCACAGAUUGUUUCGGAAUUAAGAGAUUUGAUUUUGGAAAUCGAUACAGCAAUGACUAUUCAACUACAAAAAUAUUGUAUAUGGACUGAGAAUUUAGCACUGAAUGUUGGUGUCACAGUUUUACCUUUAGAUCCAAAACAUUCGAUGAAAUCAAUUGUACUAAAUGUUACCAAUGAAAAAGAUUUAUAUAACUACCUGAACAAAUACAAUCAAAAUGGGAAGGAGUCUUUACUUUCAAAUAAGAGUUUGGUGCCCGUACCUUACAAGAAACACCCGUCGAUGGUGAAAGAUAAAUUAGUCAGUCCUCAUGGAAAUUCAACUUUCUCAGUCAAUAACCAAAGAAAUCUAAACCCAAUAAAUACCAAUAGUAAAGAUACUGGAGGUUUUUCUUCACCUAAUACUACUGUGGUGGCUAGCGGAAAUUCUGCUUCAAAAACAUCGUUAAGCAGUUCUACAUACAUUCCAACGUCUAGUGUAUAUUCACCAAAUGACAACAAUAACAAAUACUUGAGUCAAGGUACAUCAGAUAGUGCAACAGAUUCACCACAUGUCUCAGGUUUAGGUAUACAAGUGGCGUCAUAUGCUGGAGCUGCCACGGCCGCGGUAGUAGGCCUUUCGGGUUCCAAUAACACUAACAAUAACUUAAAUACGCUCCCAUCGAAGAAAUAUUACGGCAAUGACGGUAAUGAGGGUGCGAUGCGCACGUCUAGUUUUGCAACUGGAAGUUCAGCCUACACAGAUGAUUCUGGUAGACCGAUUUCACAUAUACAGCAUGAAAAUGUGAUACCUGCAGGCAUUCAAAAUAAUUUCAAAACCUUUGGUAUUCCAUUGGAAAAGUUACUAGAAUACGAACAAGAUUCUGUCCCAACCAUUGUCAAGCAGUGUGUUUAUGUCAUAGAUACAUAUGGUCUACAAGUUGAAGGUAUAUAUAGAAAAUCUGCAAAUGUACUUGAUGUGGGGAAAUUGAAAGAUGAAAUAGAUAAAGAUCCUUCAAAUAUAUCAAUGAUCUUACCUCCAAAGGAUUACACAGAUUCUGAUCUAUUUGUUGUAAGUUCACUGCUUAAAGCAUUUUUUUCAGCUUUACCAGAGACAUUAAUCCCCUCUUCUUGUGUACCUGAAUUAAAAGUGUGUUUAUCGAUAGAAGACUUGGAAACAAGAAAGAAUUAUAUGCAUGGGUUAAUCUAUAAAUUUCCCGAUGCCCAAUAUUGGACUCUUAGAACUCUGAUAUUCCAUCUAAAACGAGUUAUGGCUAAUGAAGCCCAUAAUAGAAUGAAUUUGAAAGGUUUGAGUAUUAUAUGGGGGCCUACCAUUGUUCCUCAGAAUGAUGAAGAUAUUAAUGAUAUUAACUUCCAAAUUGGAACAAUGGAAAUAAUAUUUGCAGUAGCUGACCAAGCCUUUGAAUCAGAGGAAUGA